AGUAGAAAUUAGAAAUGGGUAUUAUUGGAUCAGUGGUAGUGGUAAUUGUGGCGUUGAAUAUUCGGCAUCAGAGCUUGGGUCAGUCACUUGGUUGCACCACGGCGUUGAUAAGCUUAUCUCCGUGCUUGAACUUCGUUACUGGAAGCUCUUCUAAUUCUUCCACUCCAUCUUCCUCUUGCUGCUCACGCCUUGCCAACGUGGUCCAAUCGCAGCCACAGUGCCUUUGCUCAGCGCUUAACGGAGGCGCCGCCGGUGGCGGUGUCACCAUCAACCCCACUCGAGCUCUUGCGCUUCCCGCUGCUUGCCAUCUUCAAACGCCGCCGCCUAGCCGUUGUAACGAUGUUAGUGGAUCUAUGGCGCGCACGACAUCUCCGGUGAGUUCGCCGGAAAGUUCCCCAACUGAAUCUUUCGACGACAAAGAAGUUGUUGAAACUCCAACGACGACGACAUGGGAAGGCAGUAAUUUUGGUUCAGCAACAGCCUCUAGUAGCGUUCCCACAACAGAAGGAAACCCAUCUAACAACGGUCUGAGCUUAAUCAGCACGCCUUUCUAUCUCAUCAUCAAUGGCGGUGUUCUUCUCACAGCUCUGUUAAUCUAAAUUACCUACCAAUGUUUAUAUGUGUACGUUUGAUUUAGCACAUGCAUUAUCCAACCAUUUUAGUUUAUAACCACAUGGUAAUAUAAUUAAUAUAAUUGGAACGUACAGUUUCAGAAAUCUUAA